AUGUUGGAGCUACAAAAUGAAAUAAAAUCUUUCGAUUUUUCAUUUAUUAAUAAUCUAGCAAAAAAUAAACACAAAAAAGCAUAUCAAGGAAUUGUACAAUAUGGAACAGCGGGUUUUAGAACAAGAGCAACAAGCCUUGAUCAUGUGUUAUUUCGAAUGGGUUUGUUAACUGUUUUACGUUCACAAGUUAAAAAGGCAACAAUUGGAUUAAUGAUAACUGCAAGUCAUAAUUUAGAAAUAGAUAAUGGAGUCAAAGUUGUUGAUCCCAAUGGUGAAAUGUUAGAAACUUCAUGGGAAAUUAUUGCUACAAAACUUGCCAAUGUUGAAGAUGAUAAAGUUAUAUCAAUAUUACAAGAAAUUAUUAAAGAACAGAAUAUUGAUACAAGUCUUUCUGCAUCGGUUAUAAUUGGUAGAGAUACGAGAAGUAGCAGUUUAAAUUUAUCUCAAGCUGCUGUAAGUGGUAUCAAAGCUAUGAAUAGUAAAUUUAUAGAUGUUGGAGUUGUUACUACACCACAGCUUCAUUACUUCGUUGUAUCCAUGAACAAAAACAGAGAUUAUGGUAUUCCUGCAUUAGAAGGGUACUAUAAGAAGAUUAGUGAAGCAUAUAAAAAAAUUAUAGAAACCACAAUAAAUAAUGGUAAAUAUUCAAAUAAGGUACAACUUGAUGCUGCUAAUGGAGUUGGUGCUCUUGCAAUCAAAGAAUUAAAAAAAUAUUUGAAUGGUGCACUUAAUAUUGAAAUUUAUAAUAGUGGAGAAGGGCAGCUUAAUUAUAUGUGUGGAGCAGAUUAUGUGAAACAAAAAAAAAUUUCUCCCCUUAACAUUCCAAUAAAUCCAUAUGUAAAAUGUGUUAGUAUUGAUGGAGAUGCAGAUCGCAUUGUUUAUUAUUAUAUUGAUAAAUAUAAUCAAUUUCAUCUAUUGGAUGGAGACAGAAUAGCUAUUUUAGUAGCUGAUUAUUUAAAGGAAUUACUUCAACAAAGUCACUUAAAUCUACAAUUAGGUUUAGUACAAACAGCAUAUGCAAAUGGGAAUUCAACAGUAUAUAUUUCUGAUACUUUGAAUAUUCCUGUUGCAUGUGUACGUACGGGAGUGAAAUACUUACACCAUAAAGCUCUUGAAUUUGAUAUAGGGGUUUACUUUGAAUCAAAUGGCCAUGGUACUGUAGUGUUCAAUGAAUCUGCUAUUAACACAAUUUAUAUGACUGCUAAUAAUAAUAGUUUAUCAUCAAUUCAACGAAAAGCAGCUCAGACUUUAAGCUAUGUAAUUGAUGUAGUCAAUCAAACGGUAGGAGAUGCUAUUAGUGAUAUGCUAUUAGUUGAACUUAUUUUACAUGCUAAAGGAUGGGAUAUAGUUACUUGGAAAAAAAGUUAUAGUGAUCUUCCAAAUAAGCAGGUAAAAAUUGAAGUUCAAGACAGAAAUGCUAUUAUAACUACAAAUGAAGAAAGAUGUUGUAUAAAACCUAAAGAGUUACAGAAAGAAAUUGAUAAAAUUGUAACUAAAUAUGAAAAAGGAAGAUCUUUUGUUAGAUCGUCAGGAACAGAAGAUGUAGUACGUAUAUAUGUAGAGUGUGAAAAUGACUCUGAUAUUGAUAAAAUGGCUGCAGAGGUAUCACUAGCAGUUUAUGAAUUAGCUGGAGGUAUUGGAAUAAAACCUAUUAUACCAGAAUCAAAUAAACAAAUUUAACUUAUUUCCGUGCUUUAAGAAAAAUUAAAAUAUCUUUAAU